AUGAUUCUCAAAGAUAAGAAGGCUGCAAGUACUAGAGAAAAUAAUGUGUUGAUCUUUGAUCUUAGUGAUGGAACUUUUGAUGUUUCGUUGACUAUUGAGGAAGGGAUUUUUAAAAUGAAGGCUACUGCUGGUGAUACACAUUUAGGUGGUGAAUAUUUUGACAGUAGACUUGUCAAUCACUUUGCGCAGGAGUUUAAGAGGAAGCAUAAGAACUAUAUUAGUGGCAAUCUGAGGGCGCUGAGGCGAUUGAGAACUGCUUGUGAGAGGGCAAAGAGGACUUUUUCUUGGACUACUCAGACGACUAUUGAGAUUGAUUCUUUAUAUGAAGGAAUCGAUUUCUAUGCUACAAUAACCAAGGUGAGAUUUGAAGAGAUGAACAUGGAUCUUUUCAGGAAGUGUAUGGAACCUGUGGAGAAAUGCUUAAAGGAUGCCAAGAUUGAUAAGGGUCAAGUGUAUGAAUAA